CUCGCCUGCCCCUGCCCGCACCUCCGUGGCUCAGUGUGGCACGGCAGCUCUCUCUGCCGAGCCACCUGGGUGCAGGACGGACAUGAUGAGGCCUGGGGACAUCUGCAACAAAGCACUGGGGAUGGUGCUGUGAGAGCUGUGGGUCUCGUGGGGCUGGCAGGGAGAGCUGGUACCACUGCUGGGGCAGCUCCUUGGUCAGCAGGGAUUCCUACAUGGGGGCAGAGGGCAUGGUGUGAGUGUCAUGUCACCCCUGCAGGACUUUCACCAGGGGAGAAGAGGCAGGACCUACAGGGCCUUGAUCCUGGCCUACAGCCAAAUAGCUGUGCAUGCCCCCCAAACACAGCUGCUCCCCCGCGUGGAGCGUGACAUCACCAGGAGGGUCCUGCAGCACUACGUGAGCAGCUGCCAGGUGCUUGGCAUCACCAUCCUCAAUAAGGACCUGGACUUAAAGCUGACCCUCAUCCGGUCAGUCACUGAGAUCAGCCGUGCCAUCCAGGACGCUGACGGCUCCCAGAGCUACCAGUUCACGUACAAAGAGGAGCUGCUGGGGUACAUGCUGGACUUCAUAAAAGAGGAACCGAUGGAUUCCCUGGCCUCUCCUGUUCGCCUCACGGCCAUGCUUGCCAUUAAGCACCUGAGCAAGGUGAAACCCUCCCUGUAUCGGGAUGCAAACAGAAGCCUGCUUGAAACCUGCCUCAGGUGCCUGGUACCUCUCCCAGCUGUGCAGCACCUGAGACAGGAGGGGGAGACAGCUCAGGACUCGUUGCAAAUACAGAUAUGCCUAAAGAGCUGA